AUAAGAAUGCAGGAAUGGAAGUUUAAAUGCCACGCUCACUGUUACUUACUCGGAUGCAUUCUCUGGGCAGGGUUGAUUAUUGCUGCUGCGGAUGAAGCAUACGUGGGUCUUCCAUUGGGGAAACUGAACACAUAUGCCCACCAGGUAUCCGGGCAUGUCUACGCUGUUGAUGAGUACACGCUGUUGAUACGGAACUUCUUCUACGAUGGCCUUGGACAAGAUACGUUCUUUUGGGCUGGUUCGACCGUUCGUCCAAGUAACAUCGGUUUCAUUGUUCCAGACGAGGAAGGAAGAACGAACCGCCUGCAAAGGUAUGUCAAUACAGAUGUCACACUCAAGUUGCCGGACAACAGAAAGCUGUCAUCCAUCAAAUGGCUUGCUGUCUGGGACAUACGAGAACAAAACAAUUUGGCCGAUGUGUACAUUCCAGAAGGUUUGGAGCCUCCUUCCCCACAGCGAAUCUCUGAGCUCAGCAGAAAUUCUCACGGUGUUCAGUCGGAUGGAGUCGUUGUUCAAGAUUCCAAAACGAUAACAAUACUUAAUUUAUUUUACAAUGGAAACGAGACAGAUGUAUAUUUCUGGGUUGGUGUUGGUCCUCAACCUACUUCAUUCGGAAGCAAGAUACCAGAUGAAAGAGGAUAUCUGAACACUCUUGCCUCAUAUUCUGGAAAAGAUGUUGAGCUUUUGCUACCUGGAAAAAUGACGGUGGACGACAUAGACUGGUUAAGCAUUUACAAUGUGAAAACGCAGGAAAACUAUGGCUCAACUGUCAUACCUGAUAAACUCAACAUUCCUCCAUCCCUUGUACACAUUAUUGAACAUGAAUCUCCACUUCCCAAUUGCGAGCAACUGCACAAGGAUCUUCGAGUGAGUUGGGAAAUCUUUGGACCUGCCAUCACGUUCGAAUUGGCCGGCCAGAUAGAUGAGGAUGAAUACAUGGCAUUGGGCAUCAGUGGAUCAGAGACGAGUUCUCAGAUGAUUGGAGCAGAUGUGGCCAUAUCAUACAUGGAUGGUCUUUUGGGGACGACUGCGGAUUACAACAUUUCUGGUAAAUUCCCUUGUUCCAACGUCUUGGGAAAAAACGCUGGCGUUUGCCUUGACGAAAAAGUUGGAGGGGUUGCAGGAGCUUAUCAAAUUCACACUUAUGUUCGAAAUGAUGGAAUUACAAUCAUCACCUAUCGAAGAAAUCUCUUGAACACAGAGGACAGUGGAGAUAAGGUGUACAACCAAGAAGGUGAUACAUAUUUUGUGUGGGCUGUAGGAAAGUACAACUCGUAUAAGGAACCGACAUAUCAUCGACUUGUUCUCAGAGGGGACCUGAAGCUGAGUCUCGGCAGAAAACCCGGUGCCAAGAACUGUCAGCCUUUCACCCGUCACCGGACGAAGCGAGUCGAGAAACCCUGGGGUCCACUGAGAAUUCAGGAUCCUCAGAUUAACACCUUCGCGGUCAGAGUUGGAUUGCCAGGUAGCAUGAAGGGUUAUGCCGGUAUCACAGGUCGUUCCUCACCUGGUGUGGCCUGGUACGUGAAUGGUCUGUUGAGCCCGGAGUUGUACUUGCGCAGGAAUCGCAGGUACACCUUUCUGAUAGAAGGCGGCAACGACCCCUACAAAGCCCGCUUCUACCACCCUUUCUACAUCACAGACGAUCCUCAUGGAGGGUACGCGAAGUACAGCGAGGAAGAGAGGCAGGGUAAGAAAAUCUACGCUGGCGUAGAAUUUGACCGUCGUGGUCGCCCUCAUCCUUCGGCAGCUGGCCGCCUAUGUGCUUGGGUUCACAACACAUCCCACCGUUAUUCCGUAGAUGACUUUCCAACCUUCCCGAAGUUCCGGAACUCUCUGAAGUUGCAGUGCUCGGAGGGGGAGCCUUCCACCCUUUAUUGGACACCCAACGCGAGUGUCCCUGAUCUACUUUAUUAUCAGAGCUACACGCAACGAGAUAUGGGCUGGAAGAUUUUCAUCGUAGACGAAAUCAUCAAUUCACCGUCUUCAAGUUUACACUUUACAUCGUGUUCUAGUAUUGUGAUGACUCUAAUUGUGGUUGUACUAAUACAAUUUCAAUGGAUUUUACUAUAG